AUGCCAUUUUAUAUUUAUUUUAUUUCACGUCAAAAUAUUCAAAAUACGAGAUAUUUAGGUAUAUUUGCCAAUGAAAAUGUUGUGAAUGAAUGGUACAAUGCAGUAAAAGAAUUACAAAGGUUAAAUCCUGCCCAAGAAAAAUUUGCAAUUGAAAAAGUUGAUUCAAAUUGGUAUACAUUACCACAUUCAGAUCAUAUUAUUCAGCUUAUUUAUAAUGUGCAUGAAAAGGAGUUGACUAGUUUUAAGGGUAAAUGUUUUUUUUUAUUAUUGGGAGAUGUAAAUGGAUUUGGAGGAAGAAAUAUGCCUUUGAUUAAUAAUGGUGGUGGUGGUUCUGGAUCGGGAGGAGGAGGUAAUUCAAUUGGUAAUCCAAAUAAUCCAGGAUCAAAUUCAGGUUCUGAAAAUACAUCUGGUAAUCCUGGUUCAAAUACAGGUCAAGGAGGUAAUAAUCUGACUGGUGGAAAUACAACUGGACCAAAUACAGGUACUGGAAAUAUAGGAGGUUCAGAAAAUAGUACAGGAUCUAAUCCAAAUGAAUCAGGUGCUAAUAAACCUAACAAUUCUGGAUCCGGUUUAAAUCAAAAACAAAAAUUAGCUCUUGAUGAGAUAUUUAAGAAUCUUCAAAUGCAACGAACUGAUAAUGAUGAUAAUGACCUUGAAGAACUCAGAAAAGUUUCACAAAGACUUGCAGAAUUACUUAAUAUGCAAAAUGUCAAUAAAAAAUAA